AUGAUCCGCGAGCGAGAUAAUUUCACUCGUAGACCCUCUGACGAAGUACAGAUUGCCCAAGAGGAGGCAGAGGGCUGCUUGUCUGAUGGUCGCGUUUCCCCCGACUAUACUUUAGCCGGGCUUUUUCAGCCAGCUGGCACUACUGCUCUCUUGGCGAAUGCUGAAUUCGUCAGGAGAAAGAAUCAUCACCGAGGCCAGCGUGUAUACCUUCACAACAGGGCAGUUUUGAGACCCUCCUGA